AUGGACUCCGCGGAGAGCUCUCCAAAGGUGCCGCUGCUACAUGCAGAUCCGAGACAGGAAGGAAUUGGUCAGGCAGCAUGGCAACUGGAAGACUGCUUGAGAGAUCGCUUGAUCUCCUCGUAUCCAUCCAAUUACAAGGCUAGACAACUUCACUUUGAAGUGGCUCAAGCUGAUCUCCAGUAUACCAGAGCUUUGACGGUCAUGAUGCUCCUGACAGUCUUUGAGACACCUCCUUGGUGCGACCAGAGCAACAUCUUUGACUGGAAAAGUGGAGAAGAACGGUGCCAAGUCGAAGGAGUUGCCUCGAAUCACAUCCUCUUGUCCAAUGUUUCCUACAUCCCACCAGGUUGGAGCCUCCUCAUUGAGGCAGUGAUCCUUUUUGUGAUCGCCAGGAAACUACUGCUGGAAAGGAUGCUGCAGGUGCGCUAUUUCAAGCCCAUCAAUGUAGGCUAUCAUAGCUUGCCCGUGAUCCGAUUCGGACUGGUGAUGUGCUUGUGGAAACUGGCCGAUAUGUUGGUUUAUGUCAUCUUCUGGCCCAGCUUUCGGACGGCCUUCAUUGCGCGGACGGGUUUCUUGAUCAUGUUGCCCUCUGUGCGAAGGUUGGGACACUGUGUGAUGUCGGUGAUUGGUGAGUUUGUUUCCAUUGCAGUGAUCUAUGUUGGCACCGUCAUUUUUUUCGCUUGGGUCUUUGUGACGAUCUUUGAUGAUAUGGAAGAGGUCGUGAAUGGCAAGCCUGUGAACAAGGGUUUGGACUCCUUCAGCAGGUCCUUGAACACCAUCUUCAUUGCUGGAUCCACAGAUGACUUCGUGGACUGCCUUCUUCCGUCAUACACAUCGUACAGAAGUAGUGGAAUCCUCUGGCUGGUUUUCCUGGUCAUUGUGCACGUCUUGCUUCUGAACCUGGUCUUGGACACUUUAGUGGCCGCCUACACCAAGUAUUCCGAGGAACAGGAGGAGGAAGUCCUUGAAGAGAAGGUCCAGGGCAUCCUGAACGUCUUCAGGACGGUCUCCAGGGUCACUGGCUCCAGGUUCAUCACCCGGCAGACCUUCAUGGAUUUCUGCGAGGAAUUUAGUCGAUCUCCAGCGGUCAGACCGAUUGGUGAGGAAACUGCGGAUAUCAUGUUCACAACCAUGGAUGCUGAUGGUAGCGAUGAACUCGAGCAAGACGAGUUCUUCGGAAUUUGUGGUGUGAUUCAGUACGAUUUCUGGGCCGUGGUCACAGACUCGCCAGUGCGGCAGGUGUUCCCCGGCUUUUGGGAAAGCAAAGGCUUCACCUACUUCAGAAAUCAGGUGUACAGUGGAAACUUUGACACGUUGAUGAAUUACGUGCUUUUGUUGAACCUCUUGUUGGUAGUGUCUGAGACGGCCUACGACCUCAAUGGAUGGGAAGAAGCAAAGCUCAUGGAACAUUUGGAACUCUUUUUCUCCUUCAUCUAUGUGACCGAAGUGGGGCUCACCCUCUGCGUCUAUUCCUGGGGUCAGUACUGGAGUUCGCGGUCGAAUCAAUUUGACUUCAUGACGACUUGGCUACUGCUGGGUUCAUCAGUUGGUUACGAGUUGGUUGAUACCAAAGGAAUGAAUGUGAAAAAAUACAUGAACAUCCUGCGACUUCUGCGACUACUGAGAGUUGUGAAGCAGUUGAAGAGGCUAAAUGCAGUGCAAUUCAUGAUUGCGACCAUCACCAAGCUGAUCAUGGCCUCACAAGAAAUCCUGAUCCUGCUGGGCGUGGUGGUGUUCUUUUUUUCAGCUCUUGGCAUGCAGCUCUGGGGAGGCACUUUGUACGCCACACACCCAGCGCUUGAAGGCACAGAGUAUGAAGAGAAAGAUAUGUUUGUCUUGAACUUCAACGACUUCCUCAUGUCCUUCGCCGUCUGGGUUGUCUUACUUCUAUGUGAGUACAAAGAUGAGUUCCCUUCAGCUGUUGCAGCCACCAAUUCAUUGCCUGGGAGCUGGAUCAUCUUUCUGAUCUUUUACAUCCUUGGAGUUAGCAUCAUUUUCGAAUUGGUGAAAGCCUUUACCAUUGAAGUUUUCGUGGAGCUUCACAAGCAUCGAAACGAGGAAGUCAAGGAAUUUCAGGCCUUGGAGGCGGUGGAGAAUGAAGUGAAAUCGCGAGGGCAAACCUUGCAUUAUCGCGUGGUUGGAGACCUGACUCUUCAUCAGAAGAUGAUCCAAGCUUUGGAAGAAAUGGAACAUGAGAUUCAUGAAGCACUUGAAAAUGGUGAUCAUUCUCAUGCCAAUCAUGCCAACGGCCAUGAAAGUGGCGCGCACCAUGCUAACGGUGGCCAUGGCAAUUCGCAUUAGUUAGCUACUAAGUACGGAUACCAUCGCUUG